ACCCGAUCUAACCUGGCAACCUGGCCUCCCUUUGUCCCCCAUGCAGCCAUUUCAUAUCUGACAUAUCCACAGUCCACCACACCACACCACACCACACCACACCACACCACAGGCCUGCCUUCAUACUGAUACGUGCCAUGGCACAGAGGCGCCAGGGUGGUGGGCUGAGAAAUGGGGAAUAAGCAGACGAUCUUCACGGCGCAGCAGCUUGAUGCCUAUCAGGACUGCACAUUCUUCACAAGGAAGGAAAUUCUAAGACUAUUCGACCGUUAUCGAGACUUGGCACCGCAGCUCGUUCCUCUCGACUACACAGACCAGCCAGAUGUGAGGCUACCAUACGAGCUCAUUGGCAGCAUGCCAGAACUGAAGGACAACCCGUUCCGCCAGAGGAUUGCUGAGGUUUUCUCAGAGGACGGAGAGGGAAACAUGACCCUGGAUGACUUCCUGGAUAUGUUCUCCGUGCUGAGUGAGAUGGCUCCACGAGAUCUGAAGGCCUACUAUGCAUUUAAAAUCUACGACUUCAACAAUGAUGACUUCCUGUGUAAGUCUGACCUGGAGAAGACGCUGAACAAGCUGACACGGAAUGAGCUAACGGAGGACGAGGUCAGGAUGGUAUGUGAGAAGGUGAUCGACGAGGCCGACCUGGACAAUGAUGGACGUCUCUCACUGGAGGACUUCCAGCACAUGAUCGUCCGUGCUCCAGACUUCCUCAGCACCUUCCAUAUAAGGAUAUGAAGACUAAAGAGAUGCCAUGGACACUACCACCAUGGAUCCAAACAUUUUCUCUACCAAAGAUGUUAUAGGGACCUUUAAAGUGUGCACUAUGCAGGCUUAGGCUAGUUGUUUUUUACUUUGAUGUAGGCUGGAGACAGCCCACUGACCUGUUGACAGCUGAAUAGUCUAUUAUUAUAGAGCUAUUGUAGCUAUCAGGACAGGGCUCAUUAGCUAUGACGGCCAACAGUUGAUUUGUAUUCUCUUCUAUGAAGGCUCAGUUACACCGGGCUAUAAAAUAAACAUCUUCCCCCAUAUUUCACUGAACCAUGGAGGGGCAAUUGAGGGUGAGGCAUCUGUGUCAUGGAUGAAUUAACUCUCCAUUAUAAAAUCAUGGGUUCAGCUAACAGUCAAUUGUCCUUAAUCAUUCUGGAUACAUUCAUACAAUUUCAUUUAAAGAGGCAAUCUGGGAUUCAAACAACAACAAAGCAGUCAUGCACCCAAACUAUUUUUUGGUAAACAGCUGAGGGAUGGGGCUGGAGAAAUGUAACCACUCUCAAAUUCAUAGAUGGAGCUAUGGCUGCGAGGACUGACCAUUGAUAGUUUCAAGGUAUACCGUGUUUGUUUACAAUUAUAUUGUUUACAAUUUCUCUUAGUAAAACAAGCUUGUAUUUGGGGUUCUGAUGAGGUAAGACAGUCGAACUAAGCUCAUGCGGAAUGUAUACGUUUAUUCUUCAAGAAUCAGUGACUAUAUAUUAAGAUUAAAGUCCAAAAAUGCAUGUACAAAGUCCAGAUUGCCCCUUUGAAGAGAAACAAUUAUGACUCACAGCUCUUUAAAAUAAUUAUAUUUCAUUCAAUCAAAAGUGCAGAUAUCUACAAAACUGUAGAUCAAUUUCAAUAUGAUUGUAUUAAGUACAGUACAAUUCAAGUAGAUCUCUUCUCUCUUUUGAAUGUGAUAUAUUAAAAACAGCAUUUUA